AUGCCUACUAGAUCCAAAUUCUACAACCCGGCAACAGCACCAUACUACGACCCAAAAACAGAGAGGAAGGUUGUCCUCAUCACAGGAGGAAACUCUGGUAUUGGAUGGUACACGACACUCCAUUUAUACCUCCACGGGUAUGUGGUUUACAUGGCUGGUAGAACCGAGCUGAAGGUUAGAAAAGCAUUUGAAGACAUUGAAAAAGAAGCGCAAGCAAGAGCAGCCAAGACAGAGAAACCUGAACACGUUUUUGGUGAACUUCACUACAUCCAUAUUGACUUGUUAGAUUUAUCGUCGGUUCCUAAAGCCGUUGAGCAAUUUGCAGCCGCCAAGGAAAAGAGGUUGGAUGUGUUGAUAAACAAUGCUGGUAUCAUGGGGGUUCCUUACAAGGUCACCAAGGACGACUAUGAGAUUCAGUACCAGGUGAAUUUUGUUGCGCAUUUCCUCUUGACGCUCCAAUUGGUUCCUUACUUGGAAAAGACUGUCGAAGCAGGUGAAACUCCCAGAAUCGUCAACUUGUCUUCGAUCGGACACAACUUUGCUUUCAAGCAUUACAAGCCAGAACAGAACAAGUUGAACUCCUUCCCCAACAGUGUUUUCACUUGGGUUCGUUACGGUAUUGCCAAGACUGCCGAGAUCCAAAUCACCAAAGAAUGGGCAAUCAAGCACCCCAAGUUCUUGUCGAUUGCAAUUCACCCUGGUAUCAUUUUGGGCACAAACUUGUACGACUACUGGCGUCAUGUUCCCGUUCUCAAGUAUCCAGCUAAUGCCAUUUUUGCACUCUCAGACAAGACUAUGGGAGUGUCCAAUGAAGAAGGGUCGUUGGCGACAUUGAGAGCUGCUAUGGAUCCAACAUUGAACACAAAGCAAGAUAAUGGAGAGUUUUUGGUUACAGGUGGAAUUGAAGAGAAACCAAGCAAGAUUGCUAGUAACUUGGAAUACGCUAAAGAGACUUGGAACUGGAACAUUGAGCAGUUGGAGAAACGUGGAUUCGAUGUAGGAGAGGCAGGACAUUGA